GUCGACCUGGACGCCUUCGCCACCAUGGCCUACGUCCAAACCCUCCAGUGCAAGAUCGACAGCAUGGAGAGCGCCAUCAAAGAGUCUAUCAACUCCACCGUCUCCACGGCGGUGUGCGACGCCACGGGCCCCAUCACCGCCGCCUUGCAGGCCGCACAGGCUGGGAUCAAUGGUCUGUCGGGCAAGAUCGAGAAGGACAUCAACCUCGCAGUCGGCCAGCGCAUCGACGCCACGCGCAAGGAAUUCCAGCAGCAGCUCGACAUCUUCAACGCUCGGGUCGGCGAGCUGGAGUCCAGGCACGACAAGACCGACGCCUACAUCGCAGCGAUGGCAGUCCAGAUCAGGGAACUCCAGCAAGCGCUGGAGGUCGCGAACAAGCAGAGAGCCCAGAAUGUCCUCGACAGCCUGCGCGACCGCAACGGCAACUGGACUCGCAUCCAUGCCCCAGCUGUCGCAGGUCGAGGGCAGGUCGAGCUGCGCGUCGGCCCCGACAAGUCGCCCAAGCAGAUCAAGAUCGAGAUCACAGGCAAGCGCAUCAGGCUGGCCCUCGAGCGCGACUUCCCGAGCCACAACUGGCGGGUCGACCGCGUCAAGGGUUGGGUCCUCGCUGGCUGGGCUCCAGUCAUCUCCUUCUCCGUCCGACCUGGCCGCGAUGAACCCCCCGUGCUCUCCUACCAGGACACCGGCCUCCCCGCCCUCGGCAUCGACCGCACGCAGCUCAAGGCCUCUGCCAGUGCUGCAGUCGCCCCCGAGGCCGCGCCCCAGUUUUGGCUUUGGCGAGAUCGCGGCCAGUUUGAGGAGAUCCUCCUGCGGACCCUCACCGAGCUUGGCCGAAGAGUCACAGAGAAGACCGCGUACCUCCAGACCCUCCCCUUCAGCAAGAUGAUCCUGGGCAUUCAAGAGGUGCACCAGGACCACGCGCAGCUCCGCGCCGUCAUGAAGAAUAUCAACAGCACGCUGGACAUGCACUCCUCCUUCACCCCUGGCCACCACGGCAUGAUCAGUGGCGGAGUCGCCGCCGUCUUCCCCGCGGGCCUUCACGCCGAGAGUGAAGCUCUCCUCCUUGGACGGGUCCUCCGCACCUCCUUCCGCACCAACGACCAGCAGCUGAUCUUCUACAACAUCCACAACUACGAGAUCAUCAACGCCGCCAUAAAACGCAUCUCCACCCGUAUCCUCAGUGAUCAGCACCUCGCCAGGACAGACCCGAGCAAGGUGAUCCUCUUCGUCAUGGGGGACUUCAACUUCGCUGCCGUCGGGAAGCUCAAGCUCACGGAACCUGAAUCCAGAGCCAACGCUGAGGCCUCUGAAUCGCCCAAAGCAUCGGCACGCAAAUGGCACGGCGCGCUGAGGCACUUGGUCGAGAUCGAGGGAACAGACACCACCCACUACUGCGCUGAGACGAAGUCCGAGUCCACGAUCGACCGUUGCUUCUGCUCCAUCACGCCCACGCAGAUGCUGCAGCUGACAGUCAACUCCACUACCUUUUCCACCCCUGAGGCGACUGACAUGAACCACCUGUCACCGCCGUCCAAGCUCAUCCUGACCACUGAGCUGCUCUGCGAGAUCGCGAGGGAAGCCAGGGGCCACAUGCUCGAAACUUCCCCGAACCGCGGCGAGGUUCAACUCCAGAUCGCCAAGUCCAUCGCCCGCGCCGUGUGGCGCCAGGGCCGCAAGCUCGCCGCCCGCCUACUCCGUGUUCACCAGGCUGCCCAGGACCACUUGGCACUCAUCGGUGAACAAGUCAAGCUAAUUGACCCUGUCAAGUUCGAGGAGUGGGCCAGCAACCUCUUCCGCCAGGACGCUGACCAGAGGCAAGCAGCCAUCAACCACGCCACUCUGCGCGGGCGCCUGCGCCCCGCGCAGGCCCGCGCGCAAUCGCGCGCUCUGCAGAGGAAGAUUAAACUCUGGAGCCCGAUCAGCAAGAGGCUCGUCCUGACAGGAGGCGCCAAGACCAGCGUCGGCACCGUGAUGGGGCCGAAAAACAGAUUGCAGAGGUUGGUGGAGCACUGGCAACCAGUCUUCGAGGGCAAGCAGAUCGACCUGGAGAAAGCUGCCGACUACCUCUCCCAAUUCUCGCCCAAGAUCAACUUCAACAACUUCAACCCGCCCGACUACGAGACCAUCAAACAGUUCGCCUCCCGUUCCUCCCCUACCUCACGUGGGAUGGAUGGGCAUCCGUACACCGCCUGGGCCGCCCGCGAGAAGUGCACCGAGACCCUCUGGGAGGACUCGGAACACAGCGGCUGCCACCGUGACCCCUCGAAAGUCCGUGUUCUGGGCCUCCGCGACACCUCCAUGAAAAUCAUCAGCAGCACCAUGGACGCUGCGACUGCCACGGUAGCCGCCGAGGUGGUCCCAGCCUCACAGCGCGGAUUCAUCCACCGCCGCAACUUCGGCUACAACGUCCUAGAGCUCGACGUCGAGAGCCGCAUCGCGUCCGCCGGUCCCAACGCGAUGGACGUGCUGCCCGUGCUCGUGUCGCUGGACAUCGCCCAGGCGUUCCCCAGCUUCGCACACCAGUUCAUCUGCCUCGCACUCAAGGCCAUGGGCGCACCUGAGGCGAUCCUCAACUUCUUCGACUCAAUGUACCACAAUCUACUGGCCAUGGCGCCCUGCGCAGGCCAGUGCAUCCCUCUGUUCUACGUGCGCUCGGGCAUCAUCCAAGGAUGCGGAUGGAGCGGCACCCUCUACGCGAUGGGCACUGCAAGCUUUCUCCUGAACCUCGAAAUGGUGCUGGAGGGCCAAGGGCGCGGCCUCUGCCGCGCCUGUGCUGACGACCUGGGGCUCUUGCUCAAGGCGGCCGCCCACUUCGCCCACCUGGCCGGUGCCAUUAUUCUUAUGGACGUGCUCGCGGGGCUCACGCUGAAGGCCCCGAAGUGCCACAUAAUCCCCCUCGCGGGUGAGGUCAACGCCGAGCUCAUCCUCAAGCUCCGCAACGCGCUGAUCGCCAUCGUCCCGCGAUUCAAGGACUUCAAUAUCUGCGACCGCCUCACCUACCUCGGGCUACUGCUCGGACCUGGGGCGACGGAGAAGCUGAUCUUUGAAAAAGCCUUCAACAAGUUCAAAUGGCGAACCAAGAUGUUCAGCGCCAGUGACGCUCCGUCCAUGGGCUCAGCCGCUCUCUUCAAUAGCCGUGCGAUUCCCGUCCUCGGCUACCUCGCCCAGUUCGCUAUGCUGCCGCACGAGUACUUCAAGAAUGAGAACAGGAUCAACGCCUCGGUCCUGCGGUUCCCCAGCGGUGCCUUCAGGAUCAAAGACUGGCCCCACCUCAGAGCGCGGGGCGCCCGCGCCCCGCGUUCGCUCCAGCUCGCGAUGGUGGUCACCAUUGUCCGUUCCGCGACCACGACGUUCAGCAAGUUCCCCGAGAUCCGAGAGCGACUCCACGAAGGCCUCGACGCGUACGGCAUCCAGCAGACGCUGAUGGGCGCUGCCCGUGGCGCGCUCCGCCGCUCGCCCCCAUGGUGGCAGAUGCCAUCGUUCGUGGAGAUGCUGCACCAGGUGGCCACGACCUCGACAGAGCACGCCUACUACCCGUCGGACAUGCUGCGCCCCGCUGUUGCUGGAGCGCUGGAGGCCAUCCAUGACGCUCG